AUGACUCAAUUCAAGGAACGCAAACUUAUCACAGACCCCCAGAAGGCAUUCCACUUCACGGAUUUGCAGAGACUUAAACCUACACGAGCAAAUGAUCCUUAUGAAUAUCAAGCGGGAUGGGGGAAUCGACAUUACUCGGAGGUGAUUCCUGGGACGCUUCCAGUUGCACAGAACAAUCCUCACGAAAACCGAUUUGGAUUGUACACUGAAGGCAUCACCUACUCGGCCUUCGCCGCACCACGACACGCUAACUUCAGCACAUACAUGUAUCGUGCACGACCAGCAGCUGCUCAUAAGGGAUACCUACCCAUAGAAUCAAAAUCUAACGUGGAAAACUGCUUCCUUUCUAUCAAUCCACGAGUAGACACACUGCCGGAGCAGGCUGAAUGGCAUCCCUUCCCACUCCCGAAGGACGAUGAGAAGAUCGAUUUCGCCGACGGACUUCAUACGCUCGCUGGUAGUGGCGAUCCAAAUAUUCGAGAAGGCAUUGCCCUCUAUGUUUACAUGAUCAACUCAAGCAUGGAGCAACGAGCCUUCUGCAACACUGAUGGUGACUUUUUGAUUGCUGGCCAGCUUGGGAACCUCGAUAUAAAGACUGAGAUGGGAAUGAUAUUUUUACAGCCCGGAGAAAUUUGCGUUAUCCAACGAGGCAUCCGGUUCUGUUUGAACCUGGCACCAGAUACUAAAGUAGCUCGAGGGUACAUCACCGAAGUUUGGGGCUCCAUGUGGGAACUACCGGAUCUGGGUCCUUUGGGGGGUCACGGUCUGGCCAACCCCCGCGACUUCCUAUACCCAGUUGCUGCAAUUGAUGGCGAGCUCCAUGCGGACUGGACAAUCGUCAACAAAACGAACGGAAAGCUGAUUUCUAUCCAACAGGACCACAGUCCGUUCGAUCUCGUGGCAUGGCAUGGCAACGUAGUUCCAUACAAGUACGACCUCACCAAGUUCUCUUCUCAAAACAGUACCUCGAUCGACCAUACCGAUCCAUCCGUCUUCUGUGUACUCACUGCAAAAUCUCGGGACCCCAAUACUCCUCUAGCCGAUUUCCUGUGGUUUGGCCCUCGGUGGGACGUCGCCACCAACACGUUCCGCUUGCCCUACUUCCACCGAAAUGCAGCGUCUGAGUUUCUUGCUUGUCUGUACGGAAAAGGUCUUGGUCGAAGCGAUGACUUUCAGCCAGGCGGAGGUAGUUUCGAAGGAGUUCACACCCCACAUGGCGGAUUCCAUGAGGGAUAUCAACACGGAAUGAGGAUCCAUGAAAGUCAACCAGAGAAGAUACUUGAAGAUCAAUUGACCAUUAUGGUCGAAUCCAGCCGCCUUUUCCUGUGGACUGAAUACGCAAGGAAGGGGUGUGGAACGAUUAGCACACAAGGAACAGAUUACAAGGUCUGGGAUGCACUUCCAGACAAAUUUUCUGCCAACCCUAGAGCUCAGGAGCUGCUCGCUCGAGUGAAGGCGGAUAAGAUUGCCGAGAAGAAGAGACUUGCACCAUACUACUUCGGUGGCUUUUCUCAUGGCGCAAACACGAACAAUGCCUACGGUGUACACUCGGAGGAGCUUGCGCCUUAUCUGAAUGGUAAAUCUGAAGCAGAUGAUCAAGGCAUCAAUGGCAUUGCAGCUGAGGAUUUGAAAUCGACCCGUGUCAAUAUUGCUGCUGCAGAGGUAACUGACACCGCCUAA